AUGGCCCACGACGCAACUCGUAUUGAAAGCCUGCAAGGGCGAUAUGUCUCGAGCAGCUCAUCCACAAACGAUGUCGACGUCGUGGGAGAGUCUGCGGCGGUCACGGCCACAGGAAAAUCGGCCAGAAAGGCUGAAUCAGACGUGGAAAAGCCGCCGUUCUUGUUUACAGUCGGUAACGGAGCCGAGUGCGAGGAGGAAGCUAUUCCCGAGGACGAUGCACGGGUGGCGACGCUGCCAGCCUACGUCCGCCGUGUCGUCAGUCUGACUGACAACCCUGACCUGCCCGUCUUCACUUUCCGCUACUUCGUGUUGGCACUGUUGUUCGUCAUCCCAGGUGCUUUCUUGUCCAUGAUGAGCCACUUUCGCACCACGUCGGCCCCCUACUCCAUCUUCUUCGUCCAGAUCGCCUGCAGUUAUGUUGGAGACUGGUGGGCCAAGACUCUGCCGGGCUGGCAUGUGUGUGUACCUGGAACCAAAUGGGGCUUCAGCUUGAACCCGGGGCCCUUUUCUGUCAAGGAGCAUGUCCUUGUUGUUCUCACGGCUGCGUCGGGUGCCACUUAUAACCUCGGCUACACCCCCAUCUCUAUGGCCGAACUCUACUUCAACGAGACGGUACAUCCUGCCUUGGCCAUCUUCUUCAUGUGGGGAAUCGUCUGGACGGGUUAUUCCUUCGCCGCCAUUGCUCGUCAAUUUUUGAUCUACGAUCCCCAGUACCCCUGGUUCCAAGCUCUUUGCCAGACUGCCCUCUUUGAAACGCAGAAGAAGCAGCGCGACAGCCCUUCACCCCAGAGCCGCAAGCAGACCAAGGUCUUCUGGCUCGUUCUCAUCGCCGUCAUCCUGUGGCAGUUUCUGCCCGAGUACGUCUUUCCAAUGCUGGGUUCAAUGGCUCUCCUUUGCUGGGUUGCCCCCAACAAUCCCACAGCCAACUUUAUCGGUGCUGGCUUUGGCGGCAUGGGUUUACUGAAUUUGUCUUUCGAUUGGUCUACGAUCAGCACCAAUUACAGCAUCUUCCUGACGCCAUGGUGGACCCAGGUGGUCACUUUUGUCGCCUUCGUCUGCAACUGCUGGCUGCUUCUGCCCCUGGCUAAAUGGGGCGGCCUGGGUGCGUGGCACCAUAAGCUCAUGUCGAACCGCUUCUUCCUCGGCAACGGUACCAGCUAUCCAGUCGAUGCAUUGCUAACCCCGGAAAUUGGCUUCAACGAGACGGCCUACCAGGAGCUCGGUCCCGUCUAUGUUGGUACCCAGGUGCUAUGGGGCAUGUUUUUCGAUUAUGCCGCAUACACAUCAGCCAUCGUCUGGAUGGCCCUCUUUGGUUUCAAAGAAAUAAAGGGGAGCUUCGCCAAGCUGUGGGCUCGCCGUAAGGCUACGACCAAAAUUACCGAGCAAUAUCACGAUCAGCUUAACAUCAUCCAAAGGUCUUAUCCAGAGGUGCCCGCCUGGUGGUUUCUCGCCCUUUUUGCUGCCUCCUUCGUCUCUCUGCUUGCCAUAGUUGCUACCAAUAGUCUCUACAUCCCCGUGUACACCUAUUUUGUUGCCGUUGCCACCGGGGCUAUCAUGGUUGUUCCCUUAGGUUGGCUCUAUGCUCUUUCCAACUUCCAGCUACCCAUCGGUACAGUGAACGAACUUCUAUAUGGCAUCAUGGUUAACGCUGUUUCCGGUCACAAAAAUCCAGCAGGAGCCACUGUCUAUAGCUCCAUCGCCGGGAACGCGUGGUACCGGGCUCAGUACAACCUGCAAGACAUGAAGAUCGGGCACUUCAUGCACAUGCCACCACGCGCUGUCUUCUUCAGUCAGAUAUUUGGCUCCUUAAUAGGUAUUCCCAUCAACUAUGGCGUCGUCAGGUGGAUCCUAACAACAAAGCGAGCCUACCUCACCGGCGGUGAGGUUGAUCCCACCCAUCAGUGGACCGCGCAGUCUCUCACAAGCAAUCUGACAAUGGGAGUGCAGUAUGUCCUAAUUGGUCCACUACGAUUGUUCCAAGGGCACAUAUACACGCCAGUGCCCUACGGAUUCCUGGUCGGUGCUUUGGCACCCCUGGCGCUGUGGCUAUUGCACAAGAAGUUCCCCAAGAUGUCGUUCAACUUAUUCAACACCACCAUCUUCUUCAGCCAUCUGGCAAAUUUCUACGGUAAUAUCAGCACUGGCUACGUCUCGAGCUUCCUCGGCGGAUUUUUUGUUAUGUACUGGGCAUACCGGAAGCGUUACGAGCUGUGGGCUCGCUGGAACUAUAUCCUCGCUGCCGCCUUUGACGCGGGUUUCAACUUCAAUAUGCUGCUCAUCUUCUUGUUCUUUGGCAGUGGCAAGGUUACAACUAUGCCAAAUUGGUGGGGUAACGAGGUGACGAGUAGUGAGAGGUGCUUUGCACUUGAUAGUGAGUAG